CUGAAGUUUAUUUAUAUGAAUAAUCAAUAAUCAAUAUUUUUGUAGAUACUCGAGUUACAAUAUAUUGUGCCGAAUUCAGGGAGUAAGCAUCGCGUACUAGAGCUGUGGAAGGCAACUUUCCUCAAGCGGCAGGAAUCACGGGAUUCUGGUGAAUUUUUGCAGUACUUACAAACUUUUCCUGUUGCGGCAGCCUAUGAUGGAGAAUUGGUAGGUAAAUUUAAUACAGUAUUAAUGACAUUAUUCUAACUAGUGCUAUUUUCAGAUUACAUCUGACUUUUAUGCAUUGAACACUAAGGCAACCCUUUUCAUAGAAGAGUGGAACAAGUUAGAACAUAAAAUUUUAACUGUUCACAAAGUAAUGUUCAGAGAGAUAACAAAUGAUUUCGUACGUGCUCUGGCAAUCGUCAGAUUUAAAAAUCCGUCACGUGGGUCCAAACGUUCAAGAAACGAGGAGCCGGCGUUGGACAAUCCGCUGGCCGGUUUGAUAAAAUGGAUACAGCCCGAAGAAGAUUUCUCACAGGAUGCUGAAAGCGUUCCAAUACUGGUGGUUCGUGGACAAUUUCCAGACGUAUCUGAAGGAUGUGCGAUUUGUUGGGAGUCUACAGUUAUCCCUGUUGGAGAGAACUUUAAGGCGGCAUUCGGCAUAUUUUGUCAAUGUUUCUCCGUUUUUAACCGAAUUCCAAAACCCGCAGAUAAGAACUUCUUCCUCUUUAUCGAAGGAGCCGUUUUUAACACCAAUACAUUGACAACAACCGGAGCAAAAUUUCUGCACGGUUUGCAAUGA